UGCGUGUUAUAUAGGACACCUGCAAAAGACAAUGAUGGCCUUGGGACUGCACUGAAGACAGACCUGGUUCCAUCCAAAACUUUUUGUGUGUGUGUUUCAGGAUUAUUACUCCGUCGCUUGGUUGUUUUCCCACAGCGAACAGGGCUUGUUCUGUUAUUGGGUCUCUUGCUUUUGUUUUUAAAAAAAGAUGUCUGAUCCCGGCUCACAUCAGUCCCCUGGUAUCAAGCCGGGCUUACUGGGGAAAAACAGCAGCCCAAAUGACUCUCAGCCCUCGGCCAAUUCGGAAAGGAGGAAUAAAAGUGGGAUCAUCAGCGAACCUUUGAACAAAAGUCUUAAGAAGUCCCGCCCGCUUUCCCACUACUCCACGUUCGGCAGCACCAGCUCGUUAAGCGAACAUUCCGAGAAAGGUGCGCCCAUAGCCAAUGGCAACGAAGCCGCUCUGGAUAAAAGCAACUCUACCUCAAAGCACAAAAACAUCUCCGACCUGCUGAGCAAAUCAGAUCUUUCUUCAGAGGGACAGAGCAUCUUGCAGCAGUUCGCCCAGUCGACGGAGCUGCUCAAACGAGUCGUCCAGGAGCACAUUCCCCUGCCUAAUGACCACGGGACGGGCAUCUCCGACAUGGAGGCGGUUUCGGCGGCAGAGGCGAUGAACAGCCCGUCUGAUUUUCCUUACCUGGGGGCUUUUCCGAUCAACCCCGGCCUUUUCAUAAUGACCCCUGCUGGCGUGUUUCUGGCGGAGAGCGCGCUCCAUAUGGCUGGCUUAGCAGAGUACCCAAUGCAGAACGAGUUGGCGUCUGCCAUCAAUUCAGGGAAAAAGAAGCGGAAACGGUGUGGCAUGUGCCCUCCGUGCAGAAGACGGAUAAACUGUGAGCAGUGCAGCAGCUGUAGGAACCGUAAAACUGGGCACCAGAUUUGCAAAUUCCGAAAAUGUGAGGAACUUAAAAAGAAGCCUUCUGCUGCACUGGAG